UGACUUGUUCAAGUCAGAGAGGAAUAAGGCAAAGCACUCGGCAGCGGUCUGUCUGCUCAGCUCAAAGCUCAAAAUGCCUGAGUUAGUUAAGUUGCCACUCUUACUGCAAUAAGGGGAAAGUGCUGGACGAGGUCAUAAACAUGUUAAGGAGUAGGCACCCCAGCAAAAAAGGAAGGAUAUGGGGUUUUUACAUCCUCAUGCUGUACACCUCCCCCCUCUCCUGUUUGGCAAAUUUCAGUCAAGCAAAAGAGCUCAUCUAUACAAUAAAGGAGGGAUUACCCAAAGGGACUUUCAUUGGAGCUAUUGGAGAAGACUUACGUUUGGAUUUUACAGUUGAGCCCCCCUUUUCCUUCAGUCUCACUCAAAAGAAGGUCACGGAGCAGUAUGUAAACAUAAAUAAUACUACUGGGGAGCUUUACACAUCUGCCGCUGAGAUUGACAGGGAGACCCUCUGUCCUUACAGCUCAGACAAGCAGGGAUGCUUCUUUUCACUGGAUGUGUUUGUGUUACCUCAGCAGUACUUUCAGCUUGUCAAAGUAAAGCUUUUGAUUGAAGAUGUGAACGACAACAGGCCAAAGUUCCCCAUGGAUGAAAUCUGCAUGUUUGUCCCAGAAAACGCACAAAUAAAUUCACGUUUUGCAGUGGAGCAAUCAGCUGUUGACCCAGACCUGGGAAUCUUUGGGGUCCAGACCUACUGGCUGGUUAAUGACUUUGGUGUGUUCACUCUGGAUGUUGAGGAGAAUGAUGGAGGUGAGCUGACACCAUUCCUCAUUAUAACAGACUUUUUGGACAGAGAGACGCAAGAUGAAUACAUCACAGAUAUCAUUGCUGAAGACGGAGGGACCCCUCCUCUACUUGGAGCAGCUACUUUAAAAAUUGCCAUCACAGAUGUUAAUGAUAACUGUCCUAAAUUUACAGAGUCUCAAAUUAAUGUUACUCUGCAUGGGAAUACAAGCAAAGGCACACAUUUGGCACGUUUGCAUGCUUUUGACCCUGACCUUGGUACUAAUGCGGAGAUCAGCUACGCUUACAGUGAACGUGUGCCAAGGGACACCAGAAGUUUGUUCCAUUUGGACAAAAUUACAGGAGGGAUAAAGCUAGCCAGAAAAAUAGACUCUGCCACAGCCACAUUCUACAAACUCACUGUUCUAGCCAAUGGACCCGGCUGCAUCCCUGCGGUUGCAACUGUAAGUGUCCAUGUCAUAAAGUUAGUUACCGGCCCCCCUGAUAUCCUACCUCGGUACAUUGCAUCUGAAAAGGAUGGAGUGGUGACACUGAAAGAGUCUGAGCCAGCUUUUUCUCCAAUAGCAUUCUUUACUAUUAAAAACAUGGACAAAACCCACAGGGUAGACUGUUAUUUGGAAGGGAAUGGUCCCUUCAGGCUUGUCCCAUAUCAGCAGUUAGAGAACGAGUAUUUACUAGAAACAACAGAUACUUUGGACUAUGAGAGGAUACAGGAAUAUGAGCUAAUAGUGGUUGCUAACAAAACUCUGGGUAUGGUCAUAAAGACUUUCCUAAAGGUGCAAGUUUUGGAUGAGAAUGACAAUGCACCAGUGUUUCAACAGUCUUUGGUGGAAAUAUCAAUUGAGGAAAAUAAUUCACCUAACACAUUUCUUACCCAACUUCAAGCCUCAGAUCCAGACAGUGAAGGCCGAGGAGAAGUCAUUUACAUCCUUGGAGGUGAUGCUCCUGGGAUUUUUGCUGUGGAUCGUCUCACAGGGGUUCUGACUGUUGCUACAUCUCUUGACAGGGAGGAAAAAGAAAAAUAUCGGUUCAUAGUUAGAGCAGUAGAUCAGGGGACGCCCAGGAGAGAGUCACUCGCGACAGUGGUGGUGACUGUAUUAGAUCGUAACGACAACAGUCCACGUUUUAUUAAUAAGGAUUUUACCUUCUUUGUACCAGAAAACUUUCCAGGGUUUGGGGAGAUUGGUGUCCUCUCUGUCACAGAUGCUGAUGCUGGUAAAAAUGGAUGGGUAGCCCUUUCCAUCCUCAAUGGCAGUGAUAUCUUCAUGAUAGACACUGGCCGCGGUGCAUUGAGGGCCAAGACUCCUCUGGAUCGUGAACAGCAAGGAACAUACCAACUUUGGAUUGAGGCUGCUGAUGGUGGGGUGCCAGCACUCUCUUCUAUUACAAUGGUGACAGUGCUCUUGUUGGAUGUAAAUGACAACCCGCCAAUUGUCCUCUUCCCUCAGUCCAACCAGUCCUACAUGCUAGUGCUACCCAGUACGGCACCUGGAACAUCAAUUGCAGAAGUAUAUGCAGUGGACAAAGAUACAGGGAUGAAUGCAGUAAUUGCCUACAGUAUCAUUAAAAGGAAAGGUGGUGAGCCAGGGUCAUUCGCAAUUGACCCACAAACAGGAAAUAUAACAUUAAUGCGAGAGCUCAGCAACAGAGGGCUUUAUAGCCUUCUGGUGAAGGUUACUGAUCACGGCCAGCCUGAACCACUUUACUCAACUGUCAUAGUUAACUUCUUUGUCAAUGAAACAGUGAGUAACGAGAGUUACAUCCAAAGUCUUUUAACCAGAGACACUGACAUAGAAGUUGAAGAAAAGCCCUGGUACGGUGGACAGAUGACUGAUGGUCCUGAGAGAUAUGAACUGUUUCCCUGUCGCUCUGUCCUCAUUGCUCUUUCAGUGGUAUGUCUGGGGUUGUUUUUUCUAGUUGUUAUAUUGAUAUCAUAUAUAUGCUGUAAAAGAUUCAAAAAGAUAAGACACAAAAGAUCAGAGGUGGAAGCACCUUUAAAAAUGAAAAAUGGCUCAACACAUGAUUUGAACAGAAAACUCAGGCAGAUGUCUAAAAUGUGAUCAACAUUUUUGCGGAUAUUCCAAAAUGACCACUGUUUACAUGAAUGUUUACAAUUGCAAAUGUACAAAGCAGAGCACUUACAUUAAGUCGCUCUUAUUGCUUUGGCCAUUUUAAUGUUAUUAAUGGUCCUUCCUCUCAGGCUGCGAGAUGCAAAGUUAAUAAAUAAAUUUUGUGUUUCUCCACAUGAUACAUUAGAAAAUUCUUAGGAAGAAAUUGAUGAUGGCAUUAACACAAAGCAACGAGAGGAAAUUAUUAUAUAAUGGAGUUACUUUGUAAAUACUGUAAAGACUUUGCAACUUCAUGUAACACUUGCACUGGUAUGAAAAUAGAAAAAGAAGUGGCAGCACGGAGAGUCAAUUUUAUUAAAUCAGCUCAUGAAAAGAUUUAUCCAUCAUUCAAUGGAAGCUUUAGAUUUUUAAAUGUAUAUAAUUUUUUUAAAGAAAAUAUACAGCUAUAUUUAUACAGCAACAAUUGCAUUUCUGUUAUGGAACACUUCAAUUGUAUGGUCGGAGAAAGGGUUCUCGGAUACGCUUGAUUUGCGAAUUUUGAAAACUUGCAAAGACACUCCUAAAAAGAGUUCCAUGUCAGACAUGCUAAAAAAAAAACAUUCCGUUAAAAGCUUAAGUAUGGUCCUUUUUUAGCUUUUUUGGUUGUUUUUUGUUUUGUUUUUUUUUUAUCUAAAACUUAUCUGACCAGCAUAGGAAUAACUACAAAUAACUUGCAAAAGGGAAACAUAUCUGUUGUCAGUUAUAUUUUCUCACAAAAAAUACCAUCCAAUGUCGCUGAAAAAUUUAUCAAAGAAAAUAAAUUGUACUCUCUCUCUAUCUUUUUUGUCAUACACGUGCAUAGUGUUAAAUACAUGGAUCUAAUUUAAAGAAUCAUGCCAUUGUUAUUGUGUCUGUAAAAUACACUGCAAAUGUUUGAAGGAAGAAAUCAGAGUAAUUAUUAAAGAUAUUUAUUUUUAUAA